AUGACCGACACGGGAUACUGGGGAGAGGAGAAGCAGCGGGGUGUGGAGCGGCCAUUCCUGGCGGAGGAAAGGGAGACCCAAGAGCCGGGACUCUCGCGGAGCUCAGCGGGGGGAGGCGGCUCCGGGGGCGGGAACGGCGGUUUCCAGGGGGUGCGGAAACCAGACCGAGGGCUGCUGUCUGCUCACCGAGGGGCUGGGGUGUUAUCCUGGAAGGAGGCCCACUCUGAGAGGCACGCGAUCACACUCUGCUUUAGGAUGACGCGGGGCCCUAGAGCGGGCAUGCCUCCGCAGAAGGAGGCCUGGUGCCAAGUCAUGUUCCUGCCCGUGAACCCGGCUCCUGGGGGAAGACCAGCCGACUACUUUCAGGAGGAGACAAUGCUGGCCGUGACGCUCACCGGGAUACUGCAGAAAAAAGAGAACAAAUAUAUGUUUUCACAGCACUGA